UGACCUGCAGCAGACUGUCGAUCGCUACUGAUUGCCAGACAAAUUCAUCAACAUCGUUUAGGCAUGAUUCAAGUUGUUGCUUUCUGCACAAAGUUCAAACCGACAUGCUGUAUACUAAAGUACUUUCACGAGGCUUGGGCUGUGUUGUACACAGCUCCCUGUUAUUAACCUAGUACCUCCUCCCUUCCUUCGCUCCCUUCUCUCUUACCUGUAUUCCCUCUGACCUAACCUCUGGCCAAUCUGAUCGAAAUGCCUCCUCCGCGGGUCAAGAAUGUUGUCAAGGAUUUCGUCAAGGAUUUCGGCAAGGUCUUCGCAAUUCGUUUGAGGCGCUCCACAAAGAACGGACACACACAAUGCAGCUCGACAACCACCGACCAUGAGGGCGAUGUUUCCAUCCUUGGACACACUUCUAGUCUUUCCCCAACUCUUUCUUCGAAUUCAUCGCAAGUACACGCUGUGUCUGCGAAUGAAGAACCGGGUCUUGAAGCCUCCACCAAUGCUUCUUCUCCCAGAUCCUCCAGGGGUGUAGCUCUUGCCCGCAAAGCUUCUGACAUGGCUCAGCUAGCUUUGCCCUUGGUACAGGCUGUUGCGAGUGCAAUUCCACUUGUCGGUGCUCCGAUGCAAGCGGCUAUUGGUGGAUUAGUAACAGGCCUUCAAGCUAUAGAUAGACAUAACCAGAAUAAGGCGGACCUCGAUGGCCUGACAUUACGACUCGAUCGACUCAGCCGCGAACUGUGCAAUGCCUCGCCUGCCUUGGAUCCUGUUGAACAAUCUCGAAGAGAUUCCUUUGUCAGAAUGCUGGAGGACACAUCAGCUCGAGUGACAGCGUUGCAUGAACGCUGUCUUGCAUCCACACCCGUUACACAAGCUAUCGCUGGAUGCUUUAUUGAAAUCGACCGUUAUCUGGCGGAUUAUUUGUGGUCAUCCCAAAUGCAAAGUCAACGUGACAUACGCGAAGUUUUGGUGAUUCUACAGAGAGAGCGGGAUGAUCGUCAGAAGCUCCUGAUGACGAUUGAGAAUUUGGUCACCCACGGACAGUUUUCGUUGGGACCGACAGCAACUCAGUUAAUCGGCACUGCCACCCGUGGCUGCGUGACGCUGAUAGACGCAACGGACUGCCGGCAUCCAAUAUCGGUGAACUUCUGCACCUCAUUUGAGCAAUUCAAUGAGAUGCUCAAAGCUCUAUUUAAAUGCAAUUCCGCUGAAGCUCAAAUUCAGAGACGGUAUAUGGAGAGCGGAAAGUAUGAUUUAUGCAUCGACGAGGGCCCGCGAGUAACCCAGCUUACAAGUCAUCAAUGGUCAAGACUUGAAGCGGGCACGACGAUUGUCAUGAGGGUUAUCAUUGAACAGCAGAUGUCAUCAUCCUCUCAAGUUUCCUACGAAUGUCCUUGCGGUGCUAUGAAUACCCUUGGUAUCGAGUCUAUGAUGUAUUCGUUUGGACGGCAGGCUGAUUGCUCGAUUGAUUGCCGAACAUGCAAACGACGGUUUCAGGUCUCCCGUGUACCUUCCAACCCAGAUCGGAUUGCUCUACCCUCUGAUAUUGACUCCGAUGCCGCACCUGACACAGAAAUGGACCUUAUUCGCAACUUCCAUGUCCGGCAAACUGAAGACCUAGCAGCCGCUCCGCCAUGGUUAAUCCCGGCAAUACGUCUUAUUAAUGAUGAAUACCUGGAUGAUAAGUUCGAGGUAGUAUUGCGUAGGCCAGCUCCACGUGCUAUGCCAAUGUGGUGGAUGAAGUGUCUGGAUUGCCCUGGCAAAGUUCGUGCGCACCACUAGACUCGUACUAACGCAGACUUACACUCGGUUUGCAGCUAUAUAACUGUGGGCCUGGAGAUACGCUGGACAACUAUAGAAUCCAUUGUAGAAACCGACAACAUCGAUUACGGGUGAAUGCUCGUCUCACACAAUCAUGAACCCCACCUCCUAUAGGGAUCGCAACGUAAAUACUUUACCCAGCCGGGUAGAGGUGGGCGAUGGCGAGUCAAGGAGAUGUGUUCGUACGUGUUGAAUAGAGAGAAUUCCACCAUUGAUGUUGCGAACAUCAACCAACAUUCAUACCCGAGAAUCAAAACCAGUGUCUAUGUCGUAUGUAUGAAGUACUAGAAUAUGCUAUCUAUAAACAACUGAAAGUCACAAGUGUCGGUAUGCAGAAAAUCGUAUGCAGGAAUAAAUAAAUCACUGUGAAGGGUUGCUGAGCUCUGUGAGCU